AUGACUUUUUUUAUCGGGUGGGCGUGGGAUAUUGUGUUGACAUUGAUUCCAAUUUGUUUCAUAGAAUCGGCAGCUUUGGCGAUAGCCGUCGUUGGCCUAGACGGCCAAAAGAAAUCAGACUAUGGACAACACGUACUUGAGUUAACCCGUCUCGGCCCUUCUCUGUACCCAAUCUUAUUUGCUGCUGUCGCGGGUCGAUUCUAUAGGAACCUCGCUCGUUGGCGCCUGGAACAACCAGGAGGUGUCAGCCUUGCUAUUCUGGAGCAAGUAUUUGGUAGUCAAAGCUUUGCCACGGCUUUAGAACGUGUUUUCGUCGUCCACACUCAUGUGUUCCUCGGUAUCCUCAUCCUUUCCACCUGGGCACUGUCGCCGUUAGGUGGGCAGAGUUCGUCAAGAAUCCUAUCGUUUGGAGAUAGAACAGAAGUGUCAAAUGGCACUAUAAGUUAUUUGCACCCGGCUUAUCAAAUCACGAGCUACAUCAGCCGAAACUCCUACUUAACAACGAGGGCCAGUAUCGCAGCAUUAUAUUCAUCAAGUCUUCUUUCGUCACUGCAGCAAAAGCGAUCGCCGAGAGAUCUAUGGGACCUACCAAAAAUCCCCCAGUGGAAAUCAGACAAGAAAGUCGGGGAGAUAUACCUAGUUGAUAAUGAGGCCCUUCGGAAUGGCAGAGAUGAUUAUGCAUCCCUGAUAGGCAUCAAACUACGUGGUUUGGACUUUGACGAAGGGUUGACACAAUACAACUUUACUGUGCAAACCUCAUACAUCGAUCUUCAAUGCUUGCUGGAGAAUGAUGAUGUUUUGGAUCCCUCUCGCUUAUUCAAUGAAGCGACUAUGGCACCCUCAACAGACCUAGUGGAUUUCAGGGUUCACGCAGAUAUCAAGAGCUCACUUCCUUGGAAGGAGUGGAAGGGUCUUGCUGACCCCCCUCCUCUCCAACUAUUCUACAUCGUCAAGUGGGAAUGGAUGGGCAAUAAUGGUUACUAUGAAAGUGCAUGGUCAGCCAUUAAUUGCACUAUGCAAUCAAUUUGGAUCGACACACAAUUUCGGUGUGGCCCCCGCCCAUCAGCAAAAAGUUGCUAUGCUUACCAGCAACGAAGGGUCAAAGAUAAACUCUCACCAAACCGUCUUCCAAGACUGAUGACUAAAAACCAUGGCGCCUUGAGGCAAGCAAUCUCGGUUUGGCCAGAGGCGUCCAGUGAUUGGACUAGCAGCAAACCGUCAGCUACAGAGAAUUACAUCAUGGGUGAGAUGCACCCUUAUGCCGGGCAGGGCUUUAGAAACUGGACAGAGAUGGAUCGUGAGAUGUUCCCCGCGGAAAUUUCCAGGCGAAUGACGACGGCUUUCAAUACCUUCUGGGACGCUACGCUGAACCCUACCGGACAUACCAACAUAACAUUUAAAAAUCUUGAUGACAACAGUACGGCGUUUGAGGACGAGUUCAAUGCUCAACCAUUUAUGAACACAACGGUUGGAACGAUGACGGCUGAGCGCGAGGUAUAUCGUGCGAACCAAUUAUGGCUGGCAAUUCUACUCACUAUAACCCUGUUCUUGCAGAUACUUGCAAUUUUGGGGCUCGUACUUGAAGUGCUGAUAGUGGGACCAGAUGUUCUUGGAUACGCGAGCUCAUUAACGCGGGAUAACCCUUACGUGCGUCUUCCAACAACCGGGUCAAGUCUUGGUGGUCCCGAAAGAGCAAGAGCCUUGCGGGAUCUUCGAUUACAACUCACAGAUGUAUGCCCUGACGACGAGAUUGGAUAUCUUGCUAUUUGUGCUAUUCCAACCAAGGUAGUCGAUCAGGUCACGGAGCAAGGUUCCGCAGAGCAAGUUGAUCGAGAUAGCGUUUCUGGACAAGCACUGUCGAGAAAGCUAGAUUCUAAGAGACUUUAUAGAUAA